GGUGAGCAGAGAAGGCGUGGGCCUUGAGAGGGGCAGAGACAGAGACGCAGAGAGAGGAGUGAGGACGCUGAGAGGAGCUGACGGAGCAUUAAUGAGAUACUGGCCGGUUAGAGUUACAGGGAUGCAGUUUUAGCCAUAUUCCACCACUGUUUUCAGGCUUCAUCUCCGGACUUGAAAGCGCGAAAAACUGGGACAAAUUUCGCCAUUUGAAACAAACUUUAGUGGAUUAAUUUAUUCUGAAAAAUGGGAUUGGAACGCUUUUGCGUAAAGACGCCGAGGAUGGUGGUCCUUCUCGCCCGCUCUCUCCUUUGUGUCAUCGGGCUAUUACUCACUUUUUCUCAGCCUGUCUGUGAGGCGUUCAACUUGGACGUGGAGAAUCCAGCUGUUUACAGCGGAUCUAAAGGGAGCUACUUCGGAUAUGCUGUUGACUUUUAUUUGGCUGAUUCUGCCAGUGCAAGUGUGGUGAUAGGAGCCCCCAAGGCCAACACAAGACAGGUCAAUGUUACGGAGGGAGGAUCUGUAUUCUACUGUCCAUGGAGCCUCAGCCAAUCAGACUGUCACACCAUCGAGUUUGAUACUGAAGGGGAUCGCACUGUUUCACUUAACGACACAGAACACCAGGUUGAUUUCAAGUCCCACCAAUGGUUCGGCGCCACCGUGCGUUCCCACGGCGACACAAUUCUGGCCUGCGCCCCUCUCUACUCUUGGCGGACUGAAAAAGACAUCCCCCAUUCUGACCCUACAGGAACCUGCUACCUCUCAGUCCAUAAUUUCACCAAUUUUGUGGAGUAUGCUCCCUGCCGUACAGAGAUCAGUGAUGCUGGGGGACAAGGAUACUGUCAAGGAGGAUUCAGCGCUGACUUCACAACGGGUGGCAAAGUAGUACUGGGAGGGCCAGGCAGCUACUUCUGGCAAGGUCAGGUGAUCUCUGCAGCUAAGGAGGACAUUAUCAAAGCGUACUACCCAGGCUAUUUUAUGCAGUCUGUGGAGGGCCAGAUCCAGACCAAACAGAUCCAUACUAAACAUGAUGACAGCUACCAAGGCUACUCUGUUGCUGUUGGGGAAUUCAGUGGUGAUCAGGUAGAAGACUUUGUGGCUGGUGUUCCAAAAGGACCCAUGCUUUACGGUUCGGUGUCUAUUCUGAAUGGUACAGAUCUGAAGACCAUGAUUAACUACACUGGUGAGCAGAUGGGAGCAUAUUUUGGCUAUGCAGUGGCGACGACUGACAUCAAUAGUGAUGGGAUGACUGACUUGUUGGUGGGAGCUCCCAUGUUCAUGGUCCGGGGCUCUGACGGCCGCUUGGAAGAGAUGGGCCGAGUCUAUGUUUACCUACAGCGUGAGCCCCUGAACCUGGAGCUACGCCUACCUCACCUCACAGGCACCCAGACAUUUGGGAGAUUUGGCAGCACCAUUGCACCAUUGGGAGAUCUGAACCAGGAUGGUUUCAAUGACGUGGCUAUUAGCUGUCCAUUUGGAGGGGAGGAUCGGCAGGGACUGGUCUACAUCUAUAAUGGGUACUCAGAGGGACUCAGGGAAAAGCCAUCUCAGGUGAUCACUGGCCAGUGGGCCGCUGGGACUAUUCCUGCCAGCUUUGGAUUUUCUCUCAGAGGUGCUAAGGACCUAGAUAUGAACGGAUAUCCAGAUCUCAUUGUUGGUGCCUUUGGUGUUGAUAAAGCAGUUCUCUAUAGAUCACGGCCAAUAGUCAACACCAGUGUCUCUCUGACAGUUUACCCCACCAUGAUCAACCCUGAAGAGAAGAACUGUAUGGUCACCAGUGGAAACACCAGCAUUCCUGUUUCCUGUGUCAACCUGAGUUUCUGCAUAUCUGCUGAUGGGAAGCACGUACCAGGCAUCUUAGAUUUCCAGGUGGAGGUGCAGCUUGAUAGUCAUAAGCACAAGCAAAAAGGUGCGGUGAAGAGGGCUCUGUUCUUGGAUUCCCAGCAGCCCUUGCUCCAGAAGAGUGUCAGGAUUCACCAUGGCGAGCGUGUGUGCAACCACACAAAGAUCUACCUAAGGGAUGAGAAAGACUUCAGGGAUAAACUCUCCUCCAUUUAUGUGGCCUUGAACUUAAGUUUGGAUCCAAAAGCUCCAGCUGACUCCCACGGCUUGCGGCCCAUCCUCAACUAUCAGACUACCAACGUAAUUGAGCAGAAGGCUCAGAUUCUGUUGGACUGCGGAGAGGACAAUAUCUGUGUUCCUGAUUUAAAGCUGGCAGUCUACGGGGACAGGAAGGAAGUCUACCUGGGUGAUGACAACUCGCUGACCUUGACUUUUAACGCCAAGAAUGACGGUGAGGGAGGGGCGUAUGAAGCAGAGCUGUAUGUGGUGCUGCCCCCUGAAGCUGACUACAGCGGUAUUGCCCGCAAUAAUGAGAGCCUGACCCAGCUGACCUGCAGCUAUGAGACAGAGAAUCAGACUCGAUACCUCAGCUGUGAUUUGGGCAACCCGAUGAAGUCUGGCACCAGUGUGUGGGCAGGCCUGCGCUUCACAGUGCCACGAUUGAAGGACACGCAAAAAACAGUUCAGUUUGAGCUGCAGAUUCGCAGUAAAAAUGAGAAUAAUUCCCACAGUGAGGUUGUUCCCUACAAGCUGGAGGUGGUUGUUCAGGCUGAUGUCAUUCUACAAGGUGUGUCUCGACCAGAUAAAGUCUUCUUCCCGCCGGCCAACUGGAAGGUGACCAAGAACUAUGGGGUGGAGCAGGACGUUGGGCCUGCAGUGGAACAUAUCUAUGAGUUGGUGAACAAUGGGCCCAGUCGGAUCAGCCACACCGUGCUUGAACUGCGCUGCCCCCUCAGUGUCCAGAGUCAAACUCUUCUUUACCCCCUGGAGUUCUCCACUGAAGGCCACAUCAACUGCACUGCCGAUAAAAACAUGAACCGCCUAGGCCUUAAACUCCAGCAUACAUCCACAGAACCACCUAUUCUGGCACUGAAGGCCCAUGAGCACCACGUUGAGAGGAGGGACGUCCACAGGAAUCAACUCGCUCAUUUGACUAACCUGUCCUGCUCUAAUGUGGAGUGCUGGUCACUCCAGUGCAAAGUGGGUCUUCUGGAGAAAGGGACUACUGCUAUCCUCAAAGUGCGCUCCCGUGUCUGGGCCGAGACCUUCAUUGAGAGAUCCUAUAAGCCAUAUGUGCUGGAGUGCCUGGCCAGAUACAGUGUGGAGAAGAUGCCAUAUGCCAUCCUACCCAAACAUGCACCCAGUGGACACAAAAAGGUGGUGACCCCAGUGGUGUGGAACAAGCCAGAUAUUGAGAACUCAGUUCCUCUGUGGAUCAUCAUCUUGGCCAUUCUGGCUGGUUUACUGCUCCUGGCUUUACUCAUCUAUGUUCUCUACAAGUUUGGCUUCUUCAAGAGAUCUCUACCUUACGGCACUGCCAUGGAGAAAGCACAACUAAAACCACAGGCUGCCUCUGAGGCCUAAAUGGCCAACAGAGUUACCAGAACCACAGUACCUGGCCAUAUGAUUGCAACAGAGAAACACAAUGGAACAUGUAGAGUGGAUCAGAAAGCAGUUGAAGAAAGAGAGACCACUGGAACUCCACUGUGCUGCACUAGAAGAAGACAAAAAAAUCCAAAAAAUCUUCAAGCCAAAUGAAUGUUUUUUUAAUUUUGUUUUUUAAUUUAUGUUUGUUGGCAGGUUGGGAUUGUUACCAAGUAAAAGUUUUCUCAAGGCUAAUAGUAGACUGAACAAUAAGAGAGUCAGCCUGCGGAUGCAACAAGAUGGUUUCCCUUUGUGGAUUCUUGUGAUUGAGAGUUCAGUAAUACCCGUUUAACUGCCUUAUUUUGGUGCUAAUUAUCUGAUGUGUUCACUGCCUCUGACAGAAUACAGCCACAUGUAGCUUCUGACAGCCAGGAGCUGUGAAUUACUUUGCCUGCUGAGACCUGAAAGUAUUCUUCUGAUAUGUCCAAAACAUGUGCUUUUAUUGACAGAAGAUCACUAAACAGGUUUCAGGUGAAAACAUUUACCAGUCCAUAGCAUUCUAUUCUACAUGCCAACCAAAUCCAAUCUGUCCAAUAGCUCGGUUUAAAAGGUUUUAAGUUUUUUUUUUUUAACAUACCUGUAUGAGAUGUUCCCCUGAUUCUUGCCCAUUGCAAGAUAGGCUCCGGCCCCCCGCCUCCCUGAGCAGGAUAAGCGGGUAUCGAAAAUGCUUGUAUGGAUGCUUCUCAACUGUUAAUGAAAAUGAUCUCUCUCUGCCUCAGGAUGGUGGACAGCGCUGGGUUGAGUUGUUUUUGCACUCAAAGGAAAUCUACUGAUAUAUUUCCAAAGACACCAAAAACUGACUGAUUGACCUUCCUUUGAGUUCUGAUUUUGACUCCUACUGAUCACUUUGUUUUAAAUCCUGUUUGUUCUUGUUCAGAGUCACCAAUGCUGGCAUCGUCAUUGUUGUGUAGUCGACUGGGAUGGGACUGGAACCACCACAGACCUGUGAAACCUCACGUUAGGCUUGAAGCAGUGUGGUGCUUCUGGCAAAAAAAAAGAAAAGAAAAAAAAGCAAUGUUCUUCUUUAGAA